CUGGAUAGUGGCCAUACUGGCACUGUUAUCAACAUUCAACCUAUACAUGUGCCGAUAUAAUCUAAGCAUAUCUAUUGUAUCGAUGGCCAAACCGGCCACUGGCAGUGGUGGUGGCCACUCAUCAUCAUCGGUAAUAGACAACGAUCUAUGCUAUACUAGUGAUGUUGUCAAACAUAGUGGACAGUCGUCUACAAACAACAGCAGCACCGGUAGCGGUGAGUUUGAUUGGGACGAGUCUACUCAGAGCGAUAUAUUGGGCGCCUUUUUCUACGGCUAUAUAAUGCUUCAGGUGGUCGGCGGCCGGCUAUCGGAGCUGUUCGGUGCCAAAUGGAUGUGCGCCGGCGGUAUAGCCGUAUCCAUACUAAUCAAUGCCUGUACCCCGGUGAUAGCUCGUUCCCAUAUCUAUUGGCUACUAUUGGCCAGUCGUGUAGUACUCGGUCUAUCGCAAGCUUUUAUAUUUCCAUCCACUUAUGCACUGUUGUCUCGUUGGGUACCCGAUCACGAGCGCAGUACUUUCCUAUCGUUUCCCACUAUUGGCUCCAAUCUGGGAUCCAUUGCCACUACAGCCCUGUCUGGCUAUCUGUGCGAACACGGCUACGCCGGUGGCUGGCCAUCGGCUUUCUAUACGCCCGCCAUAAUAGCCAGUGUUUGGCUAAUUGUUUGGAUAAUGUUUAUCAAAAGCGAUCCGAAAGAUCAUCGAUGGAUAUCCAGUGGGGAACUGGAUGAUAGCCAUAAUAAUAAUACAAAUAAGUCAACUGUACCUCCCGUUCCCUGGUUGGCAAUACUGACAUCAAUACCCGUAUGGGCGGCAAUCGUUGUCAAGUUUACCUAUAACUGGAAUUUUGUAUUUUUACUAUUGAAACUUCCCUCAUAUUUUUCGACAGUUUUCAAUUUUUCAAUAUCUAAAAAUGGUUUAAUUAGUUCAUCAAUAUAUGCUGUACUAACUAUUAGUUUAUUUAUGUCGGGUUUUGCGGCCGACUAUUUGGUCCGCAAGAAAAUAAUGGACAAAACAAUACUUAGAAAAUGUUUUCAAUCAGUUUCAUCAAUUGGUUCAUCAAUUUGUUUGGCAGCUAUACCACUGGUCCAAUGCAAUGAUACAAUUGUUAUCGUAUUGUUAAUAAUUGGAAUGUUUAUGUUUGGCUUUAACUCCGGUGGGGACAUACCUAUAGUGGCCGAUAUGACCACCAAAUUUGCGGCCACUGUCUACUCGAUAGGCAAUACCAUAGCGUUUAUAUGCGGUUUCGUAACGCCGCUGGUCGUCGGCCAUAUUGUCGAGGCCGGCGGCGACGGCCAUCACGUACGCCGCCAAUGGGGUUAUGUUUUCUAUAUGUCCGCCGCUAUCAACACUGUCGGCGGACUGGUAUUCAUAGCUUUCGGUUCAGCCAAACAACAACAUUGGGACAAACUUGACGGCCAGUCCUCCUCCUCUCAUAUUGCCAUGCUCAUUUUGUUAGCCAUAAUUGUUUAUAUCUAA